AUGGGUGUGCCUGAAUACUGGCCACGGGACGCUAGCGGCCGACAUGGGGUAAGGGUGGCUUGUGACGGCGAGUCGGCCGGCAAUGCCUCAAGCGUUCGGAAUAACGAUGCGAGGCUGAAGAUUGCCUUGAUCGACAACGCGUCCUCACCCAUCAAGGGUUAG